GUUUCAUUACAUUUUGCAUUCCUUCUUCCCUAAAAUCUCUGAAUGCAAAAGUGCUUAUACUCCCCCUCCGUCCUAUGCGGAAAACGGUCUUUGAAAUCUUCGCCUUUGAUCUCCUCAUUUUCUUGUUGUGAGGAAGUUGACACUGACGUCGCUCUGCAGCAUUCUGCUCUCAUUUCAGCCGUUGGGGCCCGCUAUCUCAUUCACUUAGUUUUCUCAUAAUCUUCUUUCGCACACGCUUUUUAGAUUCAACCGCAUCGCUUUCUUUCGAUCUCUGCAUUCGAAACGCCAUUCCAGGUCUCCACCACAGAGGAAGUCGGGGGAAGGUUUUUCUCUUGCGGGGCUUGGAAAAGGCUUGUACCAUUUCGACAUGCGGGGACGACUUAUUGAUCCGUACAAGCGAGUGGCUUCCAAGGAUCACAUAAUUUCGUAUGACAAAGAAGAAAAUUCAGGGCGUUUACUGACUGGAAAACCUUCUUGGAAGCGCUCAUUGCGGCAUAUAUUAGUGGCUUCCAUUUCUUCAUUUUUAUAUGGCUAUCAUCUUGGAGUAGUCAAUGAAACCUUAGAGAGCAUUUCUAUAGACCUUGGGUUUAGAGGGAACACCAUGGCUGAAGGUCUGGUAGUAAGUACAUCUUUGGGUGGUGCUUUUGUUGGAUCUCUGUUCAGUGGGUGGGUUGCAGAUGGGGUCGGACGUAGAAGGGCAUUCCAGUUAUGUGCUUUGCCUAUGAUCAUUGGGGCAUCAAUGAGUGCAACAACAAAAAGCCUGUGGGGUAUGCUUUUGGGAAGGUUAUUUGUUGGCAUUGGAAUGGGACUUGGCCCACCUGUUGCAGCUCUUUAUGUGGCUGAGGUGUCACCCACAGCUGUAAGGGGUGCUUUUGGUAGCGUAACUCAAAUUGCAGCAUGUUUUGGACUUAUGGGCUCUCUAUUUAUUGGAUUCCCAUCCAAAGAAUUAGUGGGUUGGUGGCGGAUUUGUUUCUGGGUAUCUGCCAUUCCUGCUGCAAUACUGGCCUUUUUCAUGGAGUUCUGCGCUGAGAGUCCUCAUUGGCUUUAUAAGAGGGGAAGAAGCAAUGAGGCUGAAGCAGAAUUUGAGAAGCUCUUGGGAGGGAUACAUGUGAAACCUGCAAUGACUGAACUGUUGAGGACUGGAAGAGAUGAUGAGACUGAUAAGGUGAAACUUUCAGAAUUACUCUGUGGCCGUCAUUUCAAAGUGAUGUUCAUUGGAUCUACGCUUUUUGCUUUACAGCAGCUAUCUGGCAUAAAUGCUGUUUUUUAUUUCUCUUCGGCUGUCUUUAAAACCUUUGGUGUCCCAUCUGGCCUUGCAAACACAUGUGUAGGAAUUUGCAAUUUACUGGGGUCUGUUCUUGCAAUGAUUCUAAUGGAUAAACUUGGAAGGAAAGCGCUUCUCCUGUGGAGCUUUUUGGGCAUGGCGGUGGCAAUGGGUCUCCAAGUUAUUGCUGCAAGUUCUUUGGCGUCAGGGUCUGGAGCAAUGUAUUUAUCUGUUGGUGGCAUGUUGAUGUUUGUCCUGACAUUCUCUGUGGGAGCCGGUCCCGUACCUUCUCUUCUGCUAUCAGAAAUAUUACCCAGCAGGAUCAGGGCAAAGGCAUUGGCAAUUUGCUUGGCUGUGCAUUGGAUGAUUAAUUUCUUUGUUGGUCUGUUAUUUUUGCGCUUGCUGGAACAACUCGGGGCACAACUCCUGUAUACUAUUUUUGGCGCAUUCUGUCUGGUGGCAGUGAUAUUUGUGAAGAAUAAUGUUGUGGAAACAAAAGGAAAGUCACUACAAGAAAUUGAAGUUGCACUUCUUUCACAAGAAGCAGCAUAAAUGGUUAAAGAGGGGCAAGAUGAGUUAGGGAAUCUUCUGGCACAUGUACCUGUCCUCUUGGAAGGGUCACCAUAUAUAACGUAAUUCUAUUAAUAGCUUACUAGAAGGCCUAUGUAAAUUUCGAGUGUUUUUCUAUGUUUCUUGUCAAAUGUAAGAUUGAUGGCCACAUUGUGAUUAAUGAUCUUUGAGGACGACUAUAGCUACACAAUUGAUGUCAAAAUUUUGUUAUUCUUCACUUGGUCGAAGGAAUUCACGGAGGGUUGAACGUACAAUUUCAUACUUACGCAAGAUUUAAGGAGAUGCGAAUUGUCAAUUGAGCCAAGCGGUUCUGACAGUU